UACUACCGCUGCCUCCGCUGGGGCCUCUUUUUCCCCCACCAUCCCACGUUUACUUCAGAGCCGCUUCGUCAUAUUUCGCCCUAGCCCUGAAUUCCGCCCGCCUCUCCUCGUUCCCGAGGGUUGUCUCGGCCAGGCUGUUUUUUAUCCCGUGUCUGAAGGCCGCCUCAGAGUGGAGGGAGAUACAAUGAGCUGGAUUCCUAAACACAUUUUGUUGUGGACUCUUCUGCACAGUACGGCUCACCCACUGGGACGGGUAACAGCUGAAUAUCGUGAACAUAACCUCUUCAGUGGUGGAUUCAAAAUGAGGAAACUCUGCAAAUUUUGUGAUGUUAAAUUGACAACAUGCACCAAUGAAGGUCAUUGUUGCAGUAAGUGCAACCUCACUUCUAUUUGUGAACACAAAAAUGAAAUCUGUGCAGCUGUUUGGAGAAAGAAUAAUGGGAAUAUAACUCUGGAAACAAUAUGCCAUGAUCCUACACUAGAGCUCCAUGGAUACAAAUUGGAUGAUUUCAAUUCAAAAAAAUGCUUCAUGAAAGAGAAGAAAGGAGCUGGAGGAUUGCUAUAUAUGUGUUCCUGCAAAGAUGAUGAAUGCAAUGAUGAAAUUAUUUUUUCAGAAAAUACCACCUCAAGUACAGAAGUAAAAUAUGUGAUUGCUUUGGUUGCAGUUAUAUGCCUUGUCCCAUUGCUGGUGAUCGCCAUUGCUGUGGUCAUUAUCUUUUACUUCUAUCGAGUUCAGAGGAGGAGGAAACUCAACAAGGCAUGGGAGAAAAAUGUGAAGUCCAGGAAGCACAAAGACUGUAGUGACGUUUGUGCCAUUAUGCUGGAUGAUGAUCGCUCUGACAUCAGUUCUACUUGUGCUAAUAAUAUUAACCAUAAUACCGAAUUGCUGCCUAUUGAAUUGGACACUUUGGUAGGCAAAGGACGAUUUGCAGAAGUCUAUAAGGCUAAACUGAAACAAAACACAUCAGAACAAUUUGAAACUGUGGCUGUGAAGAUCUUCUCCUAUGAAGAAUAUGCCUCCUGGAAGACUGAGAAAGAUAUCUUUUCUGAUAUAAAUCUAAAACAUGAGAACAUCCUACAGUUCCUUACAGCAGAGGAGCGCAAGACAGAUCUAGGCAAACAAUACUGGUUGAUCACUGCUUUCCAUUCAAGAGGCAACUUACAGGAAUAUCUCAUAAAACACAUAAUUAGCUGGGAGGAUCUGUGGAAACUGGGUGGCUCUUUGGCUCGUGGGAUUGCCCACCUCCAUAGUGAUCACACACCAUGUGGUCGGCCCAAGACACCAAUUGUCCACAGAGAUCUGAAGAGCUCUAAUAUCCUGGUAAAGAAUGACCUGGCUUGCUGUCUCUGUGACUUUGGGUUAUCACUAAGGCUGGAUCCUACUCUGUCUGUUGAUGACCUGGCUAAUAGUGGGCAGGUUGGUACAGCAAGAUACAUGGCUCCUGAAGUUCUGGAAUCCAGAAUGAACUUGGAUAAUGUUGAAUCCUUUAAGCAGACUGAUGUGUAUUCCAUGGCUUUGGUUCUGUGGGAAAUGAUAUCUCGCUGCAAUGGUGUUGGAGAGGUGAAAGACUAUGAGCCACCAUUUGGUUCAAAAGUGCGAGAACAUCCUUGUGUAGAAAGCAUGAAGGACAAUGUUUUGAGGGAUAGAGGACGGCCUGAAAUUCCUUGUUCAUGGCUCAACCAUCAGGGUAUCCAGAAGGUGUGUGAGACUAUUGUUGAGUGUUGGGACCAUGAUCCUGAGGCCCGGCUGACAGCACAGUGUGUAGCUGAGAGGUUCAAUGAUUUUGAUUACCAAGACGGACUCUCGGGAAGAAGCAGCUCAGAAGAGAAGAUCCCUGAAGAAAGCUCGGGCAACAGCACCAAGUAACAGCUGGAAGAAUCAGAGAAUGUUCACUUUUAGGUUCUCUGUGCUUGGCCUUGGAAUAAGAGGAACAUUUACCAUUGGACCUAUUUUCUAUGACCAUGAAUAGCUGCUUUUUCCUCCAUCCUGCAGCUCCAGGGAACAGGAAUGACUUUAUGGGGCAACCAUAAUGGGCCAUGUGCAGUGCCAAGGCAUAGUAGUUGCUUUCCUAAGUGUGCCAUAAGAUAAGUUACAUUGGUGCUUCCUGAGAAAAUAGGACUAUAUUACAAUGCCAAUAACAAUUGCACUUUAUCAAGAUUUGUAUAUAAAACUAUGGAAGCUCAGUAUUAAAUAUAAAUACACAAAGCUGUGCCGAGAGUCUUCCAGGAAAUGUCUAAUAGAUAGAAAAUUGCAAAUUUUUGCUAUGAUGCUGACAGCAGUAUUGCAUUAUUCACUUCGCUCAAACCAUAAAAACUUAUAGCUAACUACACUACAAAUAGUAUCAAUUGCUGCAUCUUUUUUUUCCAGACGAGGGGCAAAAAAACCAAAUGGCAACUAGAACCUUUUGGAUAUAUUUGAGCUUUAAAGAAAAAAGAAAAACGACGACAUUAUGCAAUGGUAUUCAGCUGGUUCCUGAAUGUUUAAAAUUUAGAACUUAUAAAUUGUUGGACCAUUCACAGUCAGGAGUUUUGGUUGCUUUGUUUUUCUGUUCAAAUGAAGAAUUUGCAAUGGUUUUCUUUCUUUCUUUUUGUUCUUUAAUGUCAACAAAAAAUUAUUAAUAUUCCUCCCCUUCUUUCAACCAGCACAUCAUGUUCUCAGUCUUCAUACUGAUUACAGGUUUCUCUCCCCCCCCCAACUUCCCCCUGGAAUUGGGCAGCACCAAUUAUAAUUGCAACAGAUGUUUUGCAUUUGCCAUGCAUUCUGGAAAAAGUAGAUUCCUCUCUCUUUUCCUCCAUCUUUUUUUGGAUCAAUAACAUCAUGUCUAGUUUCUUAAGCCCUUAAAUUCACACUUGAUGUUGUGCCCAGAAGGAAUAGCAGAUGAAUUCCUUCCUGAGUUUCUAUGAUGUUUUGGCAAAAAUUUGUUCCGCACUCUGGGCAUGCAUUGCUUUUGGUCCUUGUAACAUGCAUCAUAGCCAAUGCUGCCUGCAGUUAAUGCUUAGAAAUGCUAUACAUUCCUAAACUGAUUCCCCACAGGCAAGGCUUACAUUCUUUUAGUCUUCCCAAAUAUUUAGUGUUGGAGCUGGCUUCAUCAGGAAUUUUAAAUGGCAGGAUUUGAAUUGUUUGUGCUUUCUUGCAAGAUAUGCAUUCUCCAACCUAGUGUCCUCCAGAUGUAUUGGACUGCAAACCUGUGAUGGCAGCAGGAGUUCAACAGAACACUGGAAUGGGGAUAUUUUUGGUAAUGGCCCAUUUUUGAAAGUUAGCUACUAUUUUGUAACAGGACACAUUCUUUCCUUUUGUUUUUCAUUAGAAUUAGUCCAUGCCAGCCAGAAACAAUUCUUUUGGGGUGAAAGAUAUAUUACAAGUGCAAUUUUUUUUCAUGUAGGAGAUAGGUGUUUUUCUAAGAACUCCUUUUUUGUGUAUCCAAUAGAGAAAAAAAAAAUCAUAUAGGAAUUUUUAAAACUUUAUGGAGAAAAAAUACGUUUAAAAAUAAUUAUGCAUCUGUCAUUUGUAUUAAACAUUUUAUAAAUAUUUAAGCAUUAAGUGGACAGAGACUCAACAAAAAGAAACCAGAUUUUAAAGUAACAGGCAAUCUACUAAAGGGGAGUUACUAGUAACAUGGCUUUAGAAAAAUGUAAUGUUGAAUAG